GGCCUCAAGCCUUAGUGCGUGGAAGGUUGUAGAAGAUACGGCCGAAGUUUUGUUGGAGUUGUAAGUGUAGGAAAGUUGAGUUAAGACGAAGAAGUUUGCUAAAUAAAGUGUAGACAUUUUUGAUUUUAAAUUAAGAUAAUGCCAAAGCGCCGUGAAGUGAGCAGGCCAUGGAACUCGGAACGAUGGGAAGGAAAGUACAGUGAGCAUGAUGACCGUGUCAAUGAUGCUAUUCGGAGGGUAUCUUUUAAACCUGGAAGUAACCACAUAGGAAAACAUAGAAGAAGACGAGAUGUGAUCACACUUAUCCGUUCCCAACUUGAUGAUGAUGUUGAUAUGAGUGUGCAAGGCUCAAGUGGAAGAAGUACACGGUUCAACCCAUAUGUCGAAAGGGGUCGGAAUCAGGCAGGAGGAGGUUUUGGUGGUGGUAUGAAUGCAGGUGGCAGGGGAUCAGCCAGCAGGAGGAGAUCAGGUCGGCGCAGUCCACCUGCAUCAGUCCAUUUCAACUCAAAAAAAUUUUCAGAGAGCUCAACUUCCUGGUACAAAAUAACAAUUCCUCAUGGUGGCAGAUAUGCUAAAGAGUACAUACUGAAGAUAUUACUGGCCCACAUUGCACCAACAGUGUUCAUUCCACUCAAUUAUGAAAUUCGUGGAAUAGAUUCCUCGUUUUUUGUUGACGAUUCAGAGGCUGCAGAAAAGUUGGACAAUGCUGACAGGAAGAUCAUCACAGUAAAAGGAUUUAAGCUGGUGAUAAAAGUAAAGCCGGCGUUACCACAUGUGGAGCUCAAUUCUACCCUGAAGGAAAAAAUAAAGGCAGCAAUGGUGAAACGUUAUAAUGCUGACCUGAAAGCCCUUGAUUUGUCUCGCUUCCACACAGAUCCAGAUCUUGUGGAUAAUUAUGCCGUGGCAUUAUUCAGACCCAACAUGAUGUUGGCAGUUUUGGAUAUCAUUGUGGAAAAUGUUCCGGAGCUGACAGCACUUGACUUAUCUGACAAUAAGCUUUAUGCACUUGACAGCCUGAGUGUGCUUCCUGUUAAAGUUCCGAACCUCAAAGUCCUUCACAUCGGGAGAAACCGGAUUCGAGACAUGAACCAGUUGAACUGUUUAGAGAGCCUCCGUCUGGAAGACAUAGUGCUACGUGGGAACCCUUUGUGCAGCAAAUAUCAGGAUAAGAAUUUGUAUGUUAGCGAAGUGAGGAAGAGGUUCCCAAGAGUGAUGAAGCUGGAUGGGGCUGACCUCUCUCCGCCAAUACUGUUUGACGUGAAUGAAGAUCAACAGUUGCCAAAAAGCAAGGGGAGCUACUUGUGUUCAGAAGAAGGCAUGACUAUCGUGCGACAGUUUCUGGAACAGUACUACAGUCUGUAUGACAGUGAUAACAGAGAACCUUUGGUCAAUGCGUACCAUAAUGAUGCCAUGUUCUCAGUCACAUCAGCCUACCCACCGGGUCAGAGUUCCACUACCUCUUCUAAGCUUGUGAAUUACAUCACAGAUAGUCGGAAUCUCCUCCGUGUGAAAGAUAGCACCAGAAGACAAAGGGUUUUAUACCAGGGAAAAAUGGCCAUUGUCGCUUGUCUUUCCAAACUGCCCAAGACACAGCAUGACCCUCAUUCGUUUGCUGUCGACCUCACACUCUUUAUGCCACAGUUGAUCUCGAUAUCAGUCACAGGCCUAUUUAUGGAGCGUGGACUCUCGAAGAACCAGGCCCUGAGGUCAUUCAGCAGGGUAUUUAUGAUAGUGCCUUUUGGUGAUGGUUUCUGCAUCGUUAAUGAGCAGCUGUUCGUUACAAAUGCAACCGAUGAGCAAAGGAAGGCGGCAUUUCAAACGCAAGUGCCAGCAGUAGUGCCACCACCUACCCCUGUGGUUGCACCAGUAGCAGCUGCGACCUCUCCCCAGUCAGGACUCAUGGAUGAUCAAGCAAAGCAGCAGUUGGCAGAAAGUUUUGCUGCCCAGUCUGGGAUGAAUGUUUGUUGGGCAAGAAAGUGCCUUGAUGAAACUGGGUGGGAUUUUCAACGAGCCACGUUCAUUUUCACUGAGCUGAAUAAACAAGGAACAAUUCCAGCAGAAGCAUUUAUUAAAUGAGUAUUUACAUACUUAAUUAAGAGAUCAUAUGUGAUCCUGAUAGAAACACUUUUCAGUGACUUGUGUUACCAUCAGUGUACCUGUGAACAUUUUCUUUUCAUCUUCAUGGUGGUUGUGCGUUCAGUAUCGUGUAUUUAAAUGAAAAGAUUAUAUGUAUAUUUGCAAGAUAAAACUAUUUUAGUGGCUAAAGA